AUGGCGGCCCGGCCGGUGCUGGACGAGUUCACGGCGCCCGCGGAGAAGGCGGCGCUGCUGGAGCGGAGCCGCAGCCGCAUCGAGGGCCUGUUCGGCGUGGGCCUGGCCGUGCUGGGCGCGCUGGGCGCCGAGGAGCCGCUGCCCGCGCGCAUCUGGCUGCAGCUGCGGGGCGCGCAGGAGGCGGUGCACAGCGCCAAGGAGUACAUCAAAGGCGUGUGCGAGCCGGAGCUGGAGGAGCGGGAGCACUACCCCAAGGCCAUGCACUGCGUCCUGGUGGGCGCCCGCGGCCUGUUCCUCAGGAGCCUGAUCCGGGACACGUGCGCCGACCUCUGCGUGCUGGACGUGGGGCUGCUGGGCGUCCGCGGCAGCGCCGAGGCCGUGGUCAUGGCCCGCAGCCACGUGCAGCAGUUCGUGAAGCUCUUCGAGGGCCACGAGGACCCGCCGGGCGGCCGGCGGGAGGCGGAGGUCAAGCGGGAAUUCCGGCGCUUCGUGGAGGCGCACGCCGACAGCUACACCAUGGACCUGCUGCUGCUGCCCUCGGCACUGAAGCGGGCGCUGCUGGCGCUCACGCUGGGCGAGGACGCCCUGAGCGAGGCCGGGGGCGCCGAGCCCGGCGAGCCCGCGCCCACCGCGGGCCCGGGCGGCGGCGGCGACGGGGCGGCCCCCCGCGAGGAGGCGAGGAGCGGGGCCGGGACGCCCGUGUCCGAGCUCACGAGGCAGAUGGACACCGUGUUCUCCAGCUCGCCGGACCCGCCCUUCCUCCCCGUCAACGGCCUGGCCCCCGAGGACGAGCCGGGCCCGGGCCGGGCGCGCCACAAGCGGCGAUCCUCCGACUCCGAGGAGCGGCACUCCAAGAAGCAGUUCUCCCCGGAGAGCGGCGAGGGGGGCGAGCCGGCGCCCGGCGGGGAGGCGGACGCCGCCGAGGCGGACGCCGGGGCCGACCUCAUCGACCUGUCCGAGGCCCCCGGCGAGCCGGACGGGGCCAGCCCCGACGGGAAGGACACCAGCGAGGAGAUGGAGCACAACAUCCUGGUGAACUUCUUCCGGACCAUGGGCUACUCGCAGGACACGGUGGAGAAGGUCAUCCGGGAGUAUGGGCCGUCCGCCGAGCCGCUGCUGCUGCUGGAGGAGAUUGAGAAGGAGAACCGGCGGGGCCAGGAGGGGCGGGAGGCCGGCCCCGGGCCCCCCGAGCCCGGCAGAGCCAAGCAGAAGGGAGUCGGUAGCAGCGCCAACGAGUUCACUGCGGAUCCCGCCCCAAAGAAGACGCAGACCCAGGCCCAGCCGAGCACGGCGGGGAAGAGGUUUUCUCCAUUACCGUUCAAGGCGGAACCGAAACCGUGUACCUCGAACUGCAGAAUGAACGCCUUCAAACCGGAGCCCUGGGGGCCGCACCCCAACUUCGCCGGGAACGCGGACCCGGACGUCGACGGCGUCGCCACCUCCGUCGCCCCCUCCAGCCCCAGCUUCGUUUCGAGGGGAGGGCCCGGCCACCAGCCCAGGAUCCCGGUUUUCCCCGAGAACGGGGUGCAGCCGCACGGGGAGGCCCCGCUCCCCAACCAUCUCAAGCCGGCCUGCGAGGGCCGGGCCGGCGGCCUGGGCUCCCCGCCGCCCAGGCCGAACUGCCAGCCGCUGGGGCUCGGGGCCGGGCUCUCCGACCACGGGGACUCCUCGGUGACGGGGGCACAGCGGUUCCGGGACACCCUGAAGGUGCCCUACAAGCUGGAGCUGAAGAACGAGCCGGGCCGGACGGACCUGAAGCACAUCGUCAUUGACGGGAGCAACGUCGCCAUCACCCACGGGCUGAAGAAGUUCUUCUCCUGCCGCGGCAUCGCCAUCGCCGUCGAGUACUUCUGGAAGCUGGGCAACCGCAACAUCACCGUGUUCGUGCCGCAGUGGAGGACCCGGCGCGACCCCAACGUCACGGAGCAGCACUUCCUGACGCAGCUGCAGGAGCUGGGCAUCCUGUCGCUGACCCCCGCCCGCAUGGUCUUCGGGGAGCGCAUCGCCUCCCACGACGACAGGUUCCUGCUGCACUUGGCAGACAAAACCGGCGGCAUCAUCGUGACCAAUGACAACUUCAGAGAGUUUGUGACCGAGUCCGUGUCCUGGAGAGAAAUCAUUACCAAGAGGCUGCUCCAGUACACCUUCGUGGGGGACAUAUUCAUGGUUCCGGACGACCCCCUGGGGAGGAGCGGCCCGCACCUGGAAGAGUUCCUCCGGAAGGAAGUCUCCCUGAGGGUCCUGCAGCCCCUGCUCCCCGCCCUGCCGGCCGUGGGCAUGUUCGACCCCAGCUUCCGGGGCAGCCCCGGCGCCCAGGCCGCCGGCCCCGGCCACCAGCCCCCCGCCCGGGUGCAGGGCCCCCCGCCCGGCCACUGGCUGCCCCCGCAGCCCCGCUUCCCCCUGGGGCCCGGCCUGCCGCCCAGCGUGGCCCUGCCCGCCCAGCGGUCCUCGGCCGAGACCGGCGAGCUGCGGGAGGCGCUGAUGAAGAUCUUCCCGGACGCGGAGCAGCGGCUGAAGAUCGACCAGGUCCUGGGGGCGCACCCCUACAUGAAGGACCUGAACGCACUGUCGGCCCUGGUGCUGGACUGA